AUGGUUAAUAUCAUAGACCUUGUGGCCUUGGCAAUGCUGGGUGUGGCCUUGGCGGAACCGGCAGAAACUCAAGUUGGAAACUAUGUUGAGGUUUCCGGGGAAGAUGUGACAGACAACUAUACCUGUGUUCACCCGCCAUACAACGUUCACCUCUUCAGCCAGUCACCCCUUAUCGUCUACAUCGAAAACUUCAUCACCCCUGAUGAGCGCGCUCACUUACUAGCUGAAUCGUACGGUGACCCCGAUCCAUCCCACCUGGCUGCUGGCCAAGGGAAUUUCACAACUUCCUCUAUCGUCGAUCCAAGGGGGAAAAUUAUCGACAGCAAGGUCCGGACCUCGAAGUCGGCAGAGCUUAAUAGGGACGCCAUAGUAUCCUGCAUAGAAGAGAGGGCACGAGAAUUCCAGGGUUUCGACUUACCCGUGGCUAACAUUGAGACUUUUCAGCUGGUUAAAUAUGCAGAAACGCAGAAGUAUCUGCACCACACGGACUGGUUCAAGGAUGAGGUUACAUUAACCUCGCUAGGCGGCAACCGCGUUAGUUCCUUUUUUGGUGUCGUUAAGGCUCAUAACGUGACAGGCGGCGGCACCAACUUCCCAACGCUCGAGGCCCCGAGAGACGAGCGUUGGUGUCGCUUCAUCGACUGCGACCAACCGUAUAAGAGCGGCGUCACAUUCCGCCCCAUAGAGGGUAAUUUGGUAUAUUGGCGGAAUCUGUUGGAGAGCGGCGAGGGGGACUGGAGGACGCUGCAUGCAGGUCUACCCGUGGUGACUGGUGAGAAGGUUGGUAUAAAUAUUUGGACCAGACAAGCGCCGGUGCCCCUUUCAUGGCGGAGGUGA